AUGCAAUCCUACAAAGCAUCCGAUUUUCUGGACGCCGGGAGUCUGUCUCGCUCCCGCAGUACCAGUUUCUCGAGCGACUCACAACUCCCACGAGUCAACCUCAUGUCGCCCCCAUCGGUUCGCCCGCCGCCAGCGUUUAUAUCCUCUUCUGCCGCGUCGGAGAUUAUCACCUCGGAUCAAGAAUUCAACACCGCAGACUUUGGCUCGGAAGAGGAUGCGACAGGCGCUGGCGCCAACGCGCUUGUGACGCCCGAUGCGUUGACCUUACUGAACGCGUUUCUCGACGAUCUGCUCUUCACCAUUCUCGCUACCUCCAAAUCGACACAAUUGGCCAGCAUUCGGCCCGCGAUCGCGGACGUGCUGAAGCCGCGAUUGGCCUCAGAAGUGGUUGCGACGGCGGACGAGGAGUUGUACGAGUACAUGGGAGGGACGGAAGACGAGCAGGCCGACUACCAAAGCGCCGAUGAUGCAGACAAAGAAUUCGACCUGAUCCAUGCGUGGAAACUGACCCGCUUGCGCUGUAUGGUGUACACCCGACUGGGUGACCUGGAAGAGGAGGAUGAAGACGAAUUCAUUGCCCUGGAACGGUUGCGAGAAAGCAACGGCGUCCCCCGCAGAUUCGCGACGCGCUCUCGCUUGUCAUCCAAAUUAAACGACCGGGCACGCGGUGCCUCGGACGGGGAUGCCAAUGCCGACGCUCGCACCAGCAUCGAGGCUGACCAUAAUCGCAAACGCAUCGAGCGCCUCGUGGUGGAGGAUCUGGAUAUGGAGAAGCUGGCUUUGAAUGCCACUCUUGGGCGUUUGUGGCGGACGUGGAGAAAACGCAGACGUAAUACGACCCUUUCGCGAACCCGCACCGUGUCGCGUGAAUCUUUCGGCCGCCGGGGCCAAACCCCAACCCUGUCUGGAAGCCAGAAGAGCAGCGCUUUCACCGCGGACGAGUCUACAAGCCCGCGUGAGCCCCCGGCCAGAGAACUGGAGAUUUCGGCGCCCGUGGACCCAACGACCGUCCCUCUCCCUGUUGACGAUGGAGAUGUCUACGAGAUCGAAGUUCCAGGGUUCUCCUCCGAGGUGGAGGGUGAAGUACAAACUAUGCGAGCCGUGCUGGCGCACAAGGUCCGACCGCGAAGCCUCAUGGUCAUCUCAUCCCCCUCUUUGGUGCCUCGAUCCCUCGGCUCUAUGGAUUCGCCUAAGAGCGCUGGAGCGAUUGAUAAUAUGAGAUUGCGCCAGAUCCGCUGCAAGUCACUGCCCAAUGCACCGGCACCUCCCCAGCCCCAGCCCCAGCCCGCUGAACACGACGAGACCCCAUCAGACCAACCCUCGCCUCGAACUUUGGAGGAAAAGAAAUGGCUUGAGACCAUGUAUGAAGAUGAUGAAUCGGUCGAAUUUGUGGACGCUACCGAAGUCCCUCCCGGCACUGCAAUCACCACAUCACACGAAGGCGCUCUGGAGCAAGUCAACAUGCCCUUGGUUGCAAAUGAUAGGAUGUCCGUGCUAGAAGAAGAGGAGGAAGAAUCCCACAAUCCGAGCGCAGGACGUGUUUCCAAUGAUUGCGAUGAUCAGAUCGCCGCAUCCUUACGCUCCCUGGAGGGUAAGGACCGUGCGACCGACCAUGGCGCUCGUCUUCUGGCAACCUCCUUAGAGAAUGGGUCUACCGAACAAAUGGAAGUGACUGACGGAACAAUCGAACAUCGUGAACUGGCAUCCAAAGUGCAUCAACCACGUCAAGUCUCCCGUACAGGAACGCCCUCCACCAACGCGACGCCGAUCAUUGCAGAGACUAGUGAGGGGGAAAUGCAUAUCACCAUUGACCAGGCGGUCGACACGCAAGGGGCUCAAGCCUCUUCCGGCGCCACCAUCGAGGCUAUCGACUCUCAUCGAGGGGCACAGAACUCAGCGCAUGAACGUCGCCAUUUAUAUGUCAUCUCAUCGGAUUCUAUCGACGUGCCUCCAGACGACGCAACAGCAUGGCACCAGUCCCGCGAUCUGAUCCAGGAGCAAUCAUCGGGUGCUUCUAGACACGAAUCCUAUUCCCGCGACUCCGUGAUUGAUGAGUUGCCGAUUGUUCACGAAAACUCCCGUCCGGCAUCUGUGGCUGACAGCGAACGCUCGCAACUGUCUGGACGCCACCAAGCGAGUUCGCUUGUGGGCACUUCCAGCGCUCGCACGUCCCCACAGCUCGAGCAGCGUGCAGCUGUGCAGCGCAUGCCUCGAUCGACGCCCUCCAUCACGACCUCUGUCAAGUCGUCGUCGAGCCGAUCCGACAGCGUGAGCAGGGUCGCAUCUAACUCUCCGACGUCCCAUGUGUCCAGCAAGCUGAAGGGGCUCAUGAUCCGUCCGCAGGGCGAUUCGUCAUCGCUGCGUCUGCGCAGCUCCUCUGAAACAAGCCGCGCAUCGGGCAGCGCUGGCUCUUUAGAGAAUGAUGCCAGCGACCUUGACAAAUUGAUCAACAGCGACGAGACUAUUCACUUCACCCUUACCCCGAGAAGUGUGCGGGAGAUGACGUUCCCGGAACCAAGUCGACAUGUCCCCCGCUCCUCUACAUCCAAAACCGCCGACCUCGCCGACGUAAUUCGAACCACUGGACCAACUCAGGACGAUUCACGACCGCGAACCUCCGUCUCCUCUAGGAAUGCCUACGAGACAAACUCGUCUGAAUCCUCAAAAGCGCUUGACUCUCCCAAACACAUUCCAAUCGCCUCACGAAUGGCUGUCCCGCCCAAAUCGCCUGCGCGUGAGAUAGCACGUACGGCGAGUAGCCCGACAGUAGUGACUGAUUUCGCAGUCCCUCAGUCGGCCGGCCAUUCCCCAAGUGCGCGUGCGCGACAGCCACUUUCUUCAGUUCGUCCUCCGUCUGGCUUCUCUAACAAGACCAACAACACGACUCGCUCCAAUCCCAAUCGACCACGUCUCCAAGCCCGUCCUGCAGAAACUGGAGGCUCGCAGACUUCGGAUCUGAUCGAUUUCAUCCGCGAGGGUCCGCCACUACCCGGUGCGCAUCGAAUUCCCCGUACGGUUGCGCCAUUCCGCAACACCAUUGACUCCGACGAUCUCCACUUCGAUCACUCCCAGGAGAAGGACCGGGGCAGCUCUUUCGCUAGUACGCAGGACGACUCCACUCCCAACAAGUCCUUGACUUCUCUGGGUUCCCGAACUGGUCUAUUGGAGUCAAACAACCGGGCGAACGAUCAAACCAAGGACACGCCUUCAAGCUUCGCGAUGCAAGACGAUGACCGCCCCGUGCCCGUUCGCAAGCAAAAACGCAUCCCCGGUCAGGCCCCUGACCCAUACGCUAUCGACGACGACGACGAUGAUGAAUACCUGGAAGAGCUACUCAAUGAGAAGCCACCCAAGCGCCAAGAGGAAAGUCUCCUCGACUUUCUCCGCAGCGAGCCCCCUCCUGAUUAUUCGUCGCCGCAGCCCCAGCCACUAAACGAUGGCGUCCUGCCAUCGAAAGGAAGUGGCAUGGGGAUGAGAUCGCGACUGAUGCGAGGCUCCCCGGCUGGCGAAAGAGCCCCAUCCUCCAAGAUGUCGAUCAGCUCGCUUCGUUCACAGAUGUCUCUUGGGUCCCAGCAGGGGCAGUCAUCAAAUUACUCGUACAAAGUUGGCAUGGCACGCAAUCCCGGUGUCGUCACGUCGCCGACUUCCCGUCAGACAGACACGUCUGCGCUCGCGGAUUUCUUCCGGAACACAGGCCCCCCAGAACCACCAGCUGGACGCGACAUGCCUGCAAAGGAGAAAGAGACUGGGAUUUCUCGCUUCUUCGCCCGUCGCAAGAAGGUUGAGGCGUGA